AUGUUCGAAAGGAAGCACUUAUGGCCUGUUCUUCGUGUAUCUCUUCCCAUUGUUGGGUUUGGUUUUAUCUGCGGUGGUGUUUACCUGGAGUCCCUAGAGAGUGACAUCCCCUCCACCCUGAGGUUUAUCUUCAUGUACCUCCUUAUCGGCUGUGGAUUCUUUCUCCUCCUUUUUGGCAUCUUUUGGUCCAUCUGUCACAGGAUGAAGAGUAAAAUGUACAUGAGGCAUGGAAGGAGACCACGGAACAUAGAGAUCUAUACAGUAGACAGACCAAAUUUCUACCCUCCUGCAUAUGAGGAAUCUCAGCAGGGAAUGAGUCCAGUAGACUCUGUAGUUGUCGUUGACAACCGACUCCAGCCCGGCUUGGCACCACCACUCUAUACCCCUGAUAGCUCAGAAACACUGAAUGAAGAUUUUAGCCAUGAGCUUCCACCCACCUACCAAGAGGCAGUGCUUCAGAACCAACAACAACAACAACAACUCCCUAGGAUCUCCAUUCAGGAUUGA